AUGCCAACACAAAUUGGGAACUUGAGAUUGCUUCAACAGUUAUAUUUGGGUGCCAACAAUUUAAGUGGAAGUAUUCCAAAAGAUAUUGGUGCUCUUACUAGAUUACAAUUUUUGGAUAUGAGGACAAACAACUUUAUUGGCCCCGUGCCAAGUGAGAUUGGGAAUUUGACAAUGCUUCAAAUUUUGAACCUUGAUAACAAUACGUUAAAUGGUAAUAUACCAGAAGAGAUUGGUCGUCUAACUAAUUUACAAGGUUUGGGCCUGAGUUACAACAGGUUAAAAGGCCCAUUGCCAUCAACUAUAUUUAGCAUGCCAUCUUUGGAAUAUGCUGACUUUGCCUUCAAUGAAUUAAGUGGGUCAUUGUCAAGAGAUAUUGGAAACAUGACAUCUCUUCUCAGAAUUGGCCUUGAAUUCAACAAUUUCACUGGCAAUAUUCCAAAGGAGAUUGGUCAUCUUAGGAAUUUCGAGCGCUUAAGCAUGUCUCGAAAUAUGUUUAGUGGAUCGUUGCCAAGAGAAAUUGGGAACUUAACAACCAUGUAUGGAUUGUUCCUUCACACCAAUGCUUUAAGUG